AUGAGACUUCUUAAAUGGAAUCCGGAUUUCAAAACUACUGAGGAACCUCCGUUUGCCCCGGUGUGGGUAACAUUUCUCUACUUCCUCUCCACAUGUUCCAUAAAGAUAUGCUCUUCGCAGUUGCCUCCGGUUGGGACCCCCUUGAAGGUUGAUGGCCCCACGGCUACACAGAGUCGUUGCUCUCACGCCCGAGUCUGUGUGGAGGUUGAUCUGUCGAAGCCCCUCCUACAUGCUUUUGAGAUUGAUGUGGGUACUGGUGUGCUUGAGCAGAAGGUCAUUUACGAGCGGCUUCCUAGCUUCUGCUCACUCUGCCGCCAUCUUGGGCACAAAGCGGAGGCUUGUUUACGCAGACCUUCUUCGCAGCAGGUACCAGCAACCGUAUCAGCUGCGCAGGUUCCUCCUGCUGCGCCUUCUGGUCGCCAUGACUCGGUGCAUGGCCCUUCUGAGAUUUCUGCAGCCCCUGCCUCUGGUGAUAUCAUGGAAUCCCGGCCACCCACUGCUCGACGCCGUCGUCGGCGCCGCAAUCGAAAUCGGGGUACGCCUUCUACUGGUAUUACUAAUGAUUCUGGCUCCUUGCAGGCUCCUUCUCAGCUCCUCCGACGGGACCCCCAGCCUUCUACCCGGCGACCUUCUGAUGACAUCCCGGAGUUGAAUGGCUCCAGACGUCUUCGCUCUGGUGUGCGGGUGACCUUUGGGGAGACACAGGUGGCCCCAACCCCAUCACAGACGGCCGAGAAGUCACUGCAGCUCACACCGGCGCAUCUCAGCGGCCCUGCGGAGGCUCAUUGCCCCCAUGCUCCUCCUCGGGUGACCUUUGCCCACUCACGGGGGGAUGCCUCUGCGAUGCUGCUUACCUCUGGUGUUCGAGUUACCUUUGGGGACUUUCUGACGCCUUCGGAAACCUCUCCGGCCCGCCUCUGGCCGGUCAGACUACAGCUGAGCCUCCGAUUGACAGUCCUGCCUCCCCUCUGGAUGACAGUCGGCUGA